AUUUCCAAGCGAAACGAUUUCGAAACUUUCCACGGUCGAAGCUUCCUGAAGCGUGCCCGAGAAAUAAAGUACAUGUAAUACGAACAAUGAAAUACCGGUCCUGGCGGUGGCGCAUUGCCUUUUGCUUCCCCAGCUCUUCCACCUCUCGCCUACAGUCCAACGAUGAGCUCCUCAGUAGAGGGUCCUACUCUACACACCACGAUGGGCGCAUUGAUGAUUGGCACCAUCUUGGCUGCAGUGCUAUGGGGUGUGUCUUGCAUGCAGACAUACGAGUACUUCAGUGUGCGUACACGUGCUUCUCAACCAUCGCCUCUGCCAAUCCCCUCGCAGAUGUAUAGGAAGACGGAUGACCCGAGGUUGAAAGUCAUGGUCGUGAUAGUCUUUCUCCUCGACACCGUGCAACAAGUAUUUGUUACGCAUACUCUAUAUGAGUAUCUAGUCGUUCAUUACUAUGACCCCGCCAACCUCGGAGUUGUUGAGUGGAGUCUACUGGCUCAAGUCGCCCCUUCCGGCCUUAUUGCACUGAUAGUACAAUCUUUCUUCACGUAUCGAGUAUAUAUUUUGAGUCGAAGAAAUAUCCCAAUAACGUUAUUCCUCGGGUCACUUGUUUUAGGAGAAUUCGGAGUUACUGUCGCAUACUUCGUGCGAGGGUGGUCCGUCAAGCUUGUGGCAGAGAUUCCAUCUAAACUUACAGUCCUGUCACGAUCUAUGAAUGCUGUCGGGGCAGCAGGCGAUAUGUGUAUCACUAUAUCACUUAUUUAUCUACUUCAGCGAUCCAAGUCCGGAUUCAGAAGAACAGACGCAAUGAUGAACCAACUUAUUCUUUUUUCUCUCAACAGUGGCCUGCUUACUAGCAUAUGUGCGAUAACGUCCCUCGUAUUGGUCCUAGUGUGUCCGGACACUUUUCUGUAUAUUACAUUUUACAUUCUUUUGGGCCGUUUGUACACCAACUCUUUUUUGGCAACCCUAAAUGCGCGUUUCAAAAUUCGAGGACAACAAGAAGGUGAAUCCUUCAUGGCGGCCGUGAGCCUGGACGCAACUUCUGUUGAACGGCGGACCCUUCCUGGCCUCACUUCGAGUGCGAAUAGUUCGAAACCGCAACACAUUGUAAUCAAGCGAGAAACCGAGAUUGAAGUUUUGGCAGACUAUGAACUUGGUAAUCAUCGCCAUCAUGAUGAGGCUGCUAGUACUGCGAGUUUCGAUGCGAAGUAACCGACGUCUCUCAUGUACAUAGGAUAUCCCAUCCUGACCGAGCCUUUCAAACACCGCGCAUGAACCAUAUGUAUUUUUCUAACCCUAUCGUAUUGUACAUACCAUCUUUUUGUUAUGCGUCGUUGGGGAGCCGG